CAGCACAAGGCGUUCCUUUGUAUUCCUUCCCAUUGCAGAGGCAGAAAAGGGGAGCGAGGGGGGCGCAGGGGAGGCGGGAUCCCUGCUUUCGCUCCCGCAAACCUGCCGCCCAGAGCUUGCUGGAAUCUCAUCCCAAAAAGCCGCCGGUAUAUUUUCGGCUGGUUGGGGGCGGGCUGCGUUUCUCCCUCCCUCCCCCCCCCCCUUUUGCACAAACCUCGAAUCCCACCUAUACGGAAAGGCGGCGAUGGUCAUCGCGAUGAUGCUCAGAUGACUUAAUCUGGCCCCCUCCCCACCCGCGCACCAGCCUCGCCAAUCUCCCUAUGAGCUGUUCCUGAAUCGCCUCCCCCCGCCCCCCCCCCCAAUCCGCUCCUUUGGCGUAUGGGGGUGGCAGGGAUAUUUUUAAACUGGAUGAGGAGGAGGGGGCGGGGGGAGCGUGUUGUGAUCCGGGUUGGCAGAGCUCGGGUUGGGGACCGGAGGGCAGAGUGGUGGACGCGGCGAGGAGGAGGAGGAGGACCCGGACCGGCGCGCACAAAGGGCUCGCAAGGGUAGCAGCGGGCAGCGCCCGGGCAGCGCGGGGACCUGCAACCCGUCCCCCGCCGGGACAGAGCGGAGAAGCCCUCCCCACCUGACUGUGCCACCCCGCCAGCAUCUGGCUCCCUCCCUGGGCUGCUGCUGCUGCGGGGAGGGGGGGGCGGGCGGGCCCUGGAGCCCCUUCUGGGGCUGGUGCACGGGAGGCUGCUUCCCAGCGGGCUGCCUGCUGCGCCUUCGCCAUCCUCCGCCUCCUGCCCCCCGGGUGGGCACCUCUCGCCGGCCGGGGGCACGCGGGGUGCGGGACUUUCGCCCAGGCUGAGCCAUGCCGGGGGGCGGCCGCGGCUGCCGGGAUCAGGGAUGGGGCCAGAGACUGCUGCGGACCCCGCAUCUCGCCACCGGGGGCCCAGGAGGCACAGGAGCCCCCACCGUCGCUGCCGCCGCCGCCGCCACUGCUGAAAGACAACGGGCGAUGGGAUGAAGAUGAGACGCCACAAGCUCUUUCUGACUCUGUGCAUGGCUGGUCUCUGCCUCAUCUCCUUCCUUCAUUUCCUGAAGGCCCUCUCCUAUGUCACGUUCCCCAGGGAGCUGGCGUCGCUGAGUCCUAACCUGGUCUCUAACUUUUUCUGGAACAAUGCGCCCAUCACACCUCAAGUCAGCCCAGAGCCAGGGGGUCCAGAGUUCUUCCGCACACCACUCUAUUCCCACUCACCUUUACUUCAGCCACUUUCCCCAAGCAGAGCUAGUGAGGAGUUGCACAGGGCGGACUUUGUGCUGCCCGAAGACAGUUCGGAAUACUUUGUACAUACCAAAGCUGGAGGGGUGUGCUUCAAGCCAGGGACGAAGGUGCUGGAAAAGCCAUUAGCAGGCCGACCAGAUGAAAAACUAGAGGGAGCCGCUUCAGAGCACAUAGGCCGGAAAACUCUGAGCACGAAUGGGACUAAGCGGCGGAAGUGGGUGGAGUGUGUGUGCCUGCCUGGUUGGCACGGGCCUAGCUGUGGGGUGCCCACUGUGGUCCAGUAUUCAAAUCUCCCCACUAAAGACCGUCUGACACCACGGGAGGUACCCAGGAGAGUUAUUAAUGCUAUCAAUGUGAACCAUGAAUUUGAUCUCUUGGAUGUGCGUUUCCAUGAACUGGGGGAUGUGGUGGAUGCCUUUGUUGUCUGUGAGUCAAAUUUCACAGCCUACGGUGAGCCCCGCCCACUCAAGUUCCGUGAGAUGCUCCUCAAUGGGUCCUUUGAUUACAUCCGCCACAAGGUGCUCUAUGUCUUCCUGGAUCACUUCCCUCCUGGUGGCCGGCAGGAUGGUUGGAUCGCUGACGACUAUUUGCGCACAUUUCUGACUCGGGAUGGCGUCUCCCGCCUCCGCAACUUGCGACCGGAUGAUGUUUUCAUCAUCGAUGAUGCAGAUGAGAUCCCAGCCCGUGAUGGCGUGCUCUUUCUCAAACUGUACGACGGUUGGACAGAGCCCUUUGCUUUCCAUAUGCGCAAAUCUCUGUACGGCUUCUUCUGGAAGCAGCCUGGCACCCUGGAGGUAGUUUCUGGUUGCACUAUUGGAAUGCUUCAAACUGUUUAUGCUACAGAUGGGAUCCGUCUUCGCCGGAGGGAGUAUUAUACCAUGCCUGGAUUUCGGCAAUACGAAAACAGCACAGGCCACAUCCUGGUGCAGUGGUCCCUGGGCAGUCCUCUCCACUUUGCUGGCUGGCACUGCUCUUGGUGCUUCACACCUGAGGGGAUCUACUUCAAACUGGUGUCAGCCCAGAAUGGAGACUUUCCCCGCUGGGGAGACUACGAGGACAAGCGGGACCUAAAUUAUAUCCGGGAGCUAAUCCGGACUGGUGGGUGGUUUGAUGGUACCAUUCAGGAGUACCCUCCUGCAGACCCCAAGGAACAAAUGUAUGCCCCAAAAUACCUACUGAAGAAGUAUCAGCGGUUUCGUUACUUAUUGGAGAACCCCUACCAGAAGGCAAAGGGGGCUGGGUGAUGGGAGUGGGGCUUGCAUGGGGAAACUGGAACUUCGUGGAUAAAGGGAGAGAAAUGAGGCAUAACUCUGGUCUUUUCCUUUGUUCCUUCCUCUCCUCUCCAGCUGGGGAAGUUUACAUUCUCUUCAGCCUCCGUCUGCCCCAUUGCAGAAAUGAGACUGGGGGGGGGGGGAUUCCUAAUGUCAUUAAUGGGGACCAGGAGAAGUAGGAAUUGGCCCCAGGAUCUGGAAGGAGAUUCUGGCAAAGCCCUUUCACCUUUUCUGUAGGAUGGGACGAAGAUCUUAUGCAGGUAGCAGAUGGAGAGAGCUACUCUGUGCUUGAGGUAUGGGCACACGUAGGGGCCCAACAGCUGGAAGCAUGGUGAGGUGAACAUGAAUAUAAUCUUUACAGUCUUUUUGAGUUUUGAUUGGGAUGGUGUCAAACUCCUCUUUAAAACCUGGUCUUCUAAGUCAUAUGAAACUUAGGAUAUCCUUCCACUCCAUGUCUGACAUGCUGUCAUUACAUCAGCCCAUAGAGACUGCAGACAAGGGAAAGGGAGCUGAAGGCAAACAAGGCCUGGACUCUUCUUUUGGAGCCUCUGCCAGGAGCUGGCCAAAGAGCACCCUGACUCUGAAUGGUCUUAUUGCAGAUGGCAAGAACCUUAAUUAGGAAGAAGGUGUGUGUGUGUGCAAGAGAGUGGGAGAGCAUGUAGAGGACAACAGGAGUUGCUGUGCUGUUUUAAGAUAUGUAUAUUUUGCCGUGUGUCAUGUUCGAGAGUGUGCGCGCAUGAGCAUAUUGUGAGAGCACGGUUGCACCAAAGAACGCUGCUUUUCAUCUGCUGAUCGUGGACAAUUCAGGGAAAACCUUCUACAAACUGGCAGGUUAUGAAGGUUGUCUGGCUUAUUCAGUAAACUGGUGUGUUGCUGCUCAACCUAGAGUGUUGCAUGGAGAGUUUUGAGCCAGAUUUGCGAAGGGAAUAAUACCCUUCAAGGGUAGAUCCUCCUUCUUCUUUAACAACAAAAUGUGAUAUUUGCAUUUUCAACUAAAAUUGUGUGUGUGUGUGAGAGAGAGAGAGAAUGAGCAUGUGCAUUGUGUUUGCUUCCAGGGAAAGGAGAGAUUAAGAUACUAAAUACACCCAACGAUAAUGCCCAUCCCAUUAGAACAGAAGUAUAAAAGUACUUGGCUCGGUGAUGCUUCCUUUUUGAGAAAAAUGCUGUUGUGUUGGUAUCCAAGAGCUUGUGAUGGGCCUAUGGGAAAGGAGUCCAUCUGAUGAAGCAGAUGCAAGAGCCCAACAGCUAGAACUAGAUGCCAAUCAUUUAAGUAUCCCAUUAUUGCUGGCAUCCACCUACCUUCCGUGGAGUGGCCAAGUGCCUUUCCAAAUUGCUUUAUGGUGUUGGUAACUCUAAACCAGGCUGAAGCAUUUGGAAACACCAUGUUAUGUUUGCUGCUAGGGAAAUAAAUGGAACAUUGAGCCCCCUGUGCUUAAUACAAGGAAUGGGAAAUGUAUGCCCAGUAAUAGGAAGAGCCCCUAAUUGUGAAAAAGAAGUUCUUUACUUGUGGGAGACUGACUGAUUUAAGUGUGUGGUUGUUUUCCCAACUCUGCUUCCCCUGUUUUCACUUACUGUCCUACUCUUAUGUCCAGGUCCCCUCGUCCCUUGAGAGAGUGCUGGGAACGUGCCAUGGCUUUCCUUUUGGCAAACCAGCUGUCUGUCCUGUCUCCAUAAAACUUGCAGCCAGUUCACCAUCUCCCAUAAUCUCAUGGUGAAACCUCUGUGCAUUGACUCUGUUUUUGGUACAGCGACUGAUUUUGAAAUAUCCUGUGAUGGUGGUGGCUCAUCUUCCUGGGAUUCAGGUUUAAGUCAGUCUUUCGUCAGAUAUGUCAUGAUUGUCUCCUUGUACCAACCAAGUCAUCAUGUGUUGGCUAUGCCACGACCAUUGACUGUGUGUGGUUUAAUUUUUACACCUUUUAAAAAUAAAGUGAGUUCCUUUCUGUCAUGCUGUUAUGGAGGACACAGCCAAAAGCAGUCUAGAGCUCACUUGGAAUCUCCUUCAACUUUUGUUGGAAAGAUGGAUGACUAACAUUGCAGUCCUAAAGGGAGUUACUCUGGACUAAGCCCAUUCAUUUGAGUGAAAUUAAACUAGAGUAACUCUGCAUAGGGUGAUGCUUUAAGUCUUGUGCCAGUGGACCACAAUGAGGCAGUCCAAAUCAGUGCUGUUCCUCUGAAGAACCUUUUCUUCCAAGUGCCUCCUCAGCUGUUCUGUCUAAGUGUUGAACUGACCCUCUCCUAGGAGAUUGUUGCCUUGUUAUUUGAGAUGAGAACUUGAGUUCCAGAGGAGGCGUUUGAAGCUGCUUUGCUAAAGCAAAUGCAGAGGGAAAGCAAGGAGCUGCUGGGGUGAGGAGGAAACCCCAAUCACCCACAGUAUAUCUGCACCAGUACAUCAUUGCGGAUCGUGUUAUCAUAAUGCUGUAGCAAUCUUUUGCAAACAGGUUGGCUCAUCUGCACAGGAAAAUCCAUUUGUAAAUUAUCACUAUAAUGCAGUGAUGGUGUGGGAACCAACUGUGUCUGGAUGCAGCCCAAGGGGGGUUGUACAGAGAAGGAGAGGGGCAGACUCAAGAGUAUAGCUGUCACCUAAUCUGCCAUUCAUAACACAAAACGCUCCUUGUCCUUCCCAACUGUGUGCAUGUGAGUGAGUGUGAUGCUCUUAAACUAUUGUAACAGGGAGAACUUGUACGUGUGCUUCACCACAGGCUGUGGUUGGGAGAGCUCCAUGUGCCUGCUUGAGAAACCACACCUGAGGACACUAAUACCACGCUGGCUUAAAUGUUCUGCCACUUUGUUGCUCCAGCCUAACCCACUAUUUGUUCUCUUUCCUCUACUUGCUUUACAGGGCACGCUUUGUGUAUGUAUUCAGGAUUUCAUAACUACUGUCAUUGAAUCCUUAAUGCUCCCAUCACUGCAGCCUCUAGCCUCUAUUUUGCGCCAGGCACGCAGCUCCUCCUUUAUCUGUUCUGCAACUAUCGUUGCUUUUUCCGCUUUUAGUCUUCUCCCCUCCGCCACUGUUGUGUGUGAGGAACAGAUCCCAUUGUAAUUGGAUAAGUUAGUGCUGAAUUCCUUUGGGACUCUGAAAAGACCUUUUGUUCUGAACUCCUUCCUUGACUGCACCAAAGAGAAACUUGAAACUGACCUUGGGGUGGGAAGGAGAAUUUGCAGUAAAAAGCUUUGCUUUUUUUAAAGGGAAAAAAAACCCAUUUAGCCUUGAAUGGCUUUAUUAAUAGGGUUGCCAGCUCCGGGUUAGAAAAUACUUUCAGAUUUUAGGGAGGAGCCUGAGGAAGGCGGGCUUUGAGAAGGGGAGGGACUUCAAUAGGAUAUAAUACUUCAGUGUCCCUCUUCCAAAGCCGCCAUUUUCUACAGCUGAACUGAUCCCUGUGGCCUAGAGUUCAGCUUUAACUGUGGGAGAUCUCCCGUUACCACCUGGAGGUUGGUAAUCCUACUAUUAAGCUUCCGGUCAAGAAGGAUGGUCUAUUUAAUUAUUUAUUAUGUAGUUAGUACUUGGUCCCUCCAAGGCUACAUUAAGGAACUUUGCACUAAUCCCUCUUGGCUUCUACGUUAAUGAGGGUGGGGCCUAAAGGAGAGAAUGCCUGUGGAAAAUGCCAUGGCAAGCCAGAUUUUUUAAGGGAACUCAUGUGACUCCCAUUUGUAGAGCGCAGAGGUCUGACCUAAACAUGCAUUGCAAAUAACAGGCCUCGAAGAGCUGCUGGGAAAUGAGCAGACCACGUCUUUCAUGAGUGGGAAAAGCAGAAGAGGACAGCAGCUGACAUGGCUCAGGAAACCUUUAGAAGGCUAAAAGCCAGGCCUAACUGAGCAGGUCUUAAGCAAAGGCUUUAUGCACAGUUGGAGAGGCUGAUGUGGACAAAUCAGGGAGUCUUCCCCCCCUCCCCUUGUAGUGAGUUGAUUGUACCUAGUCGUGGUUACCAUUUUAUCUUUGUUUGCCAUUAAGUCACAUCUGACUUAAGAUGACCCUUGGUGGGGUUUUCACGGCAAUGGACAUUUUGAGAUGAUUUUCUGUUGCCUACCUCCAUGUCGCAACCGUGGUGUUCCUUGGAGGUUGUCCAUUCAAAUACUCACCAGAGCCAACCCUGCUUAACUUCUGAGAUCUGAUGAGAUCAAGCUGUCCAGGUCAGGGUGGGUACUAUAGAGUACCUGAUAUCUUUGUGGUACAUCGCUCCAGACUCAGCCAAUUGGGGGUCUGUGGUGAUAUGCAAAAGAGCCCAGUUUGGGGAGGGGUGUUAGUGGCUGCACACCAACUAACUUAGGAGCCUGCUGCUGUGGACACGAAGUGCCUGCUUGGUGCUCCUAUGCAUUUUUGUCGGCCUUUUUAAAAAUUAAAAGCCAGUAGAGUGAAUGUGCAUAACGCUGUUCAGUGCUGAAGUGAUGAUGUCCUCAAUGUAAUAGUGGAGAUAUAACAACAAAGCAGGGAAGGGAGGUUUAUUAUUAAAACCACUCCACUUUAAUGAGGAAAAAGAGUAGGCUGACUUUUAAAAAGUAUUACCAGGGGUUUCUCCAACUGUACAGAAAGGCUCAGAAAAAUACCAAACAACCUUUUAAAGAAUAUCAAUAUGCUCGGCAGUGCAUGAAGAUUGGCAUAGAACUCUUAUUUACCAGCGGGAGACAUUCAAAUCCCCUUCCCCCCAAGACUAGCUUGAAUUGUUUCUUUCUGCCAGACCCUGUGAAUACCUAGAGGGGACUUGGGAAUAGAGGGGGGGUUUGCCUGAAAACAACAGCCCUGUUAGUUUCCUCCCCCCCCCUCCUUUGCAUUGGUGUUGCAGCCAACGUGGGCAUAUAUGCACAGAAGCUGCCUACUAAAUGCCUCUGCUCGUGGCCAGUGGCUAGAAUGUUUCCCAUGUGUUGAAUGGACCAGGAUGUCUGUGCUCUUCUGUACUGCCACAUUCCCUUUCUUAACAUACCUAGUUCAUGCAAACAUCAGUUGAAGUUGCAAUACACCAAAAGGGAAGGGGCAGCAUAUUGAAUCGAAUAAAAAUCAAUAAACUAAAGCUAUUUCUGGACUGCAGACAAAAGGGGAAGGCUUCUCCAUAUUAAGAAAAAAUCUCAACACAUGGAAAAUUAGAAGAGGGAUGUCAGUGCAGCCUUCUCCUUGAUACACUAGUUUUAGGUAGAUGGGAGUGGUUUAUCCCCAUGCAAUCCCCCAUCUAACUUGAUAGUUUUACAGUCUUGCCUGAUUGUUUGUGUGAAUCAGGUGCUGAACAACAGCAUGUUUAACCUACCUUUUCAUAGAUGGAGUGAUUUAUGUAGCUUCUGGUCCUAGCACCAAAAGUCUUCUGGGGGUCAUUCACAUGUACUUAUUCUCUCUCAUGUUCUCUGGGACUUUGGGAGUUCUCAUAAUUUAUUGAGUUACCCAAGGCUAAGCUUAUAUUGCACAGAGAGUUGGAUAAGUUGUCCUAGUUCUGUUUCUUUUUGUGAAGGGAAAAAUGUUUCUUUCCUGGGGUACCUCCAUGGUCUGUCUUCCCGAUACGUGCAUUAAGAAUGGGUGGUUCACUAGCCAAACAGGAAAACUGGAAGAUUCACAACUUGUUUUCCUUUUGCAGGAAUGCAAGGACAUUCGGAGUCAUUUAACUUGAAAUGUUGUUGGUUUGAUCACAGCUUGGGAUCUAAACUAGCACUUGUUUUCUCUGGCUCUGUCAUUCCAGACCAAUUGCAUUGCUUAAUUUCUCUUGCUCUCUCUUCUCCUACUGGUGGAGAUCAGAAAGACAAGAGCAAUCCCAUCAUGGACUAGAUUGCAAGGGACCAGUUGCCAUGACUUUAUAGACCUUAAGCUGUGUGUGAGAAAAUGGGAUUCUCCUUAUGUAUAUGAACUCCAAAACUUUUCUAGAAAGAUUAAAAAGGGGAAAAUAUGGAAAUGGUGAAUUUUGGUGUGUGGGAACAAUUGAAGGGCCUUAAUUACAUUAUGAAGAAACAGUGGUAGUUAUGCAUUGCUGUGUCACUGGAAAACACCAGGGCUGGUAAAUCAGCCUUAAAAGGGAAAUGAAGAAAAAUAAGCAACAAAGGUACACACUAUUUUCCAAUGUAAUUCUGAAGGAAACAAUCAAGCCGUACGUAUUCUGCAGGGCACUGUCCUGGAAAUGGGGCCAAUUACUCAAGGAAAUGAUAUGGGAUCUUACACUAGCAAACUCAAUAACUUUUGUGCCCUCUGUUAACUAAGGAAUAUUUGGAACUUAACAAAUAGGUAGAACUAAGCCCUGUAAAGUCUAAUUUAUAAAUACCGAUAUUAAUAACCUUUUUGUAAGGAUAAAUCAAAGUGUACAUUCUGAAAUCAUUUUCUCUGUAAAUGGUUGGAUUUCAUUUCACCCUUAAAGGGAUGUUUAAAGGAAGAAAUAAAACAAAUUAUAAAACCA